GCCCCGGUCAGUCGUAAAUAAAUGCACUUUCGUGAGCCGCGAUGCCGAAAUCUUGAACUCGACCCUGGGAAAUGUCAUUAUUUAAGACGAAAGAAUGGUGGAGAACGCAGUGCGGAGUGAACGAGUCCUUCGACGGUCGCAACCUGCUCGUCGCGCCAUUUUUCGGAGCCGACCUGAAAGACAUUGUCAUCGUUGGCAGCCACAGCGGAUUUCUACGGAUAUACAGCCCGUCAUCGCAAUGGAUAGAGGAGACGAAAUUGCCGAGUGGCUACAAAUCCACGGACCUGAUCAUCGAGUCGCAAAUCGGCGACUGCAUCGUCGAUAUGAAGACGGGAAAAUUCGUCUCAGGUUCACAAGAUACUCGACUCGCGAUUUUGACAUCAACAAAACUCAUCAUUUACAGCAUUGUUUUGAACCAAGGUUCCGUCGAGCAUGGCGAUCGUUGCGAUCUGGAAGCCGUUUACGAGCAUUUGCUGCCGCGAUUUCCGGCGUCUUUGACGACGGGCCCGUUCGGUGGCGUGCGAGGUCGCGACUUCCUCUGCGUCCAGUGCCUGGACAGUACGCUUCUCUUUUACGAACAGGAGACUCCCACCUUCAGCCUGGUUCUCGGGAAUCGGCUGCUGCCGGAGCCGAUUGUCUACGUUUCGCGGAACGACGUCUUCGUGACGUCGAGCUCCUCGUGGAACCUCGAAUGCUACAGAUAUAAGAGCAUGGCAGAAUUCGGAAGCAAGGAUGACCGUUCGGAAGGACCGAAAAACCUGGAGCCGGACUGGAGUUACAAUAUCGGGGAAGCCGUUCUCGAUAUCGAUACCGUUACCUUGAGCAGUUUCGAGGUUGCGAUUCUUGUGCUCGGCGAAAAGAAUCUCUACUGUUUAAAGGACAAUUGCGUUUCCCUGAAGUACGCGAAGAGGCUCGAGUACAAGGCUCUCUGCUUUCAAGCCUACGUAAUAGAACCGGAUGGCAAGUUGAUGGUGCUUGUAAUCGCUGACACGAGCACCCUGAUGAUUUACGAGGGUACGACUCUUAAGUGGUCAGCUCAGCUGCCUCUUACUCCAGUCGCCGUAACUCGAGCGCAUUUUCAGCACUUAGACGGAGUGAUCGUCGUCCUCUCCGAAGAGGGCCAGCUGGAGGCUUGCUACUUGGGCUCGGAGCCGUCCUUAUUUAUCGCGCCUCCUCUUCAUCGACGUGGUUACGAUUACGUGGCCGCCGAAGAUGAACUCAUGGACCUCCGCAAGCUGGCAAAGAGAAAUAAGACUUCCGGCAAUCAACUGACCGACGUCACCAUGGACGCCGAGCUGAUAAUAUCUGUGACCGUGUCUCUGGAUCUGGAACCCUCCUUGCGCGGAAACCGGGAUGACUCUAAGGACGACGCGGCGGAGAGUCGUAAUUUAAUGUGCAGAAUCACCGUGGAAUUAUCCACGUACACGACGUUACGCGACGUUCAGGUGUGCGUGAACGUCUCGAAGCCGUUCGUCGCCGAGAAAGAUUGCCACGUUAUUUCCAAUCUUUGUGACCGGCACGUUUUCCACACGAAGAUCUACGGAAGCGCGGAUCUGCCGGCGUUAUCGUCAGACGUGAGAAUCACAGCGAGCUACGAGACGGCGGAACGUGGGAGCCUGCGCGUGCUUCAAAAGACGGCCCAAUUGCCCAUGAAGAUGAUGCUGAGGUCCUGCCCGCCCGAGAACACGUCCACCUUCACGGCGACCAUCAAGUGCAGCGAGCCCCUCGUCGCUUUUAACCAGCUGUUUCCCGAGUUUACAGGAGACACGCAGAGGCAAAAUUGGAAUGCGCUCGGCUUGCAACACGUGCAAACUAAUAGCGUGGUGACCAUCAUUUCCGGUUCUACCAGCAACCGAUAUCGAGUGCAAUCGAACGAUGGACUCGCGAUGACCUUGGUGAUUCAGCAGUUGGUGAAUAGACUCAAAGACAAGGCCACCGGAAACUUUACGACCACCAUCGCGCAAAACCACAUACAGCUGGUCCAAUCUCAGAUGGAGGCUCACUUUCGCAGCCGCCAAGAGGCUGAUAGAAUCGCGAACGAGAUCGGGCUGCUAUCGACCCAGUUGAGAAACAUCGAGAGGAGGUUGCUGCGCGCCAUGAGGGAGCGAAACACCCGAUCUCUGGCCACGACCGGGCUGCCGUUCCUCUUGGAAUCGACCUAUCGCGCGAUCUUCGCGCUUCUGGAUGAUCUCGCGAUCGCACGAGCGGAACGAGAACGCACCGGCCACGGUCUGCGGUGUGCUGUGAGGUUACUGCUCCUGCUGUUGCGGCUCAAUGUAAACGAUGAUAAGUACACGAUGCUCGAAGCUGCGAUCGGAUUCGAGCCACAGCUGCGCGAUGAACUCGACUGGGAAGAGAUCGCCGACGUUAGUCUGAGCGCUUUUCUACGAUCUACGUCUAGAAAAUGCACCGGUCACCUAGCCGAGAUGAAACCUACAGUGUUGUCAAAGAUGACAUCCACCAGAGAAUUCGCAAAAUUAAAGAAGCGUCUGAUUCACGCGAUCGAACGUCUCGAUAGCUACCGUGAAUCUACCGAUAUUGCUGAAAAUGAACCAGAAGCUGGCGCUUCUUAAACAUCUUGUCACAUUCUAAUUUAUUAUUGUAAAUACUAUAAGUAAAAAAUAAAAAA